AUGUUCCACGGUCGAGCUCAACGGAAGAAGCCAGAAGAAGGCGGUGACUUGAUCGCCUCCGGCGGCAUCACAUUCCAGAUGCACGCUGGCAAAUUAGAGAAUGACGCAUUCUUGAAACCGGAGCUCCCUGGCAAGGCGGAGAGCACCUGGAGGAAACGCUGGUUCUAUUACAAGGAAGUGACUCCAUCGGGCGAGCUCGCCCUCCCGGAGUUCACCAUGGAGCCGAGUCGACCUCGCCGGCUCAAUGUGAAGAAGCUGCCUGAAGCAGCGCAAGCAAUGGUGGAGGUGAUGCUGAAUCGCCUCCGCGAGCUGAAGUUUGAAGGGCUGAAGGCAGUAAAUGUCUACAGCUGUUGGUUCACAUCCUUGGACGAGCCGCUUCAAGCCUUCGACGGAAUUGAUAAUCGACUCCCCUCGGAAGGCAACUUUCGCGAUGUGGAGGACUGGCUCCCACCGCUCGACGGCGAGGAGCCUGAUGAAAUUAAGGACGCCGAGGAGGAGGCGGCCCGCGGGUCUGGAGAAGAAGACGACGAGGGGACUGAGAGCGAGUCGCCCCCACCUGCCGAAGCCCCCGCCGCCAGGAAGACCCGUCAGCAAACUCUGAAGGAGCUGGCGAUGAAGCAGCCCGCAGUGACUCCCCCUGAAAGCCAGGAGUCGAGCUCCUCAGAGCAGUCGUCGUCGAGCAGCGUGCAAGCGCUGGAGAAGACGCCGCCUCGAGCCAGAAGGGCGGCCCAGGAGGAAGAGCCUCCUGCCUCAUCAUCGAAGAAGCAAGCAGGCCGCGGAAUCCAGCGACCAUUGAUACCGCCCCCAGCUGCCGCGAAGCCAGUCGGCAGUCGAGCGGCGCCGCCCCCGCCAGCAGCAAAGUCGAAACUGCGGGUAGCCGUCCGCAAGGUCACGCAAAGAAAGGUCGACUCGCCAGUCGACCCCACGAAGAGGAAGGGCAAGUCGACCAGCGCUGAUGCCCAGUCCUUGAAGAAGCUGAAGGCGACUCCACCGGAGUCUGACCUUCCGGAAGGAGAGCCUGAAGCUCACGAUGCGGUGCCGGAGCAGCACGAAGAAGCACCCGCGUCGUCUGACGAGGGCGAAGACGCGGAAAUUGCCGCGCAGAGGGAGAAGGCAGCUCGCGAGGGGCGAGCUGCGACUAAGGAACGUAGGAGCAAAAUGAGGGAGGAAACUCCUGCAGAAGCUCCCCAAGCUGCCAAAGUGACGGCGAGACCCAGCUCGACACCUCGAGUCGAGCCCGCCCAAGACUUGGUGUUGACGCAGUCGCCAUUCGCAGAAGUGGUGGAUUCGAUGGCGAAGAGGACACCAGUGGCCCCUAGCGGCCUUGGGCAAUUCCCACUAGCGUCCGCCGGGUUCCCAGACAUAUAUCGGCAGCUCGGAGCUGCGUGCAGGAAUGCCCGAGUGGGCUAUGUCGAAGAGGCCACGGCGAAGAAGGAGCUCGCCGCAGUGGAGCAGGAGCGACUGCGGCUUGAGAGGGAGCUCGCCACCACCCGCACCUCGCGACAAGAUUGGAAGGACAAAGCCCAGGCCGCACAGGAUGAGUCCCCGAGCCUCUGCAUCUUGAACUUCCUUUCUCAUCUUGACAUCUUGGUUGCAGACUUCUUGGGAGUGACUGACGAGGCGACUCGGCAGCUCGGUCCCAUCGCUGCUGUGAAGGAGAUGCGGGAUCGCAUCGUGCACUGCACAUCGGAGGUCCGCGCCGUGGUGCAAACAAUCUGCAGCGCCGACUCCGUCCCGGAGGACUACAAAGGCGUAGCACACAGUCUGCAGGUCCUGCCUGCUGUUUUCGAAUGGCUGCAGAGGUCAGCGUACCGGCGCGGAGCGACCACAGGGCUGGCGCUUGGGGCCGCCUUUUUUCCCGCCGACUGGAACCACGACGAGAUGUCGAGUGGUUAG